AUGGCGUCUGCCGAGCAGGAGCAGGAGACGCCCCCAAACCGUCACGUCGCCGCCGGCGGCCGCCUCCGCCAAACCCAUCCACGACCGCUUCCCUCCUCCUGGUGCCUUAUGGAUCAAGUACCUCCGUCGUCCUCUUCCACCCGCCGCCUUAAGCAAUCCCCUACACCGCCGGGUUCCUCCCCCGGCCUCCUCAUCGACCCUGUACCGCCGGCUUGCUCUUCCGGCCUCCUCAUCGACACUGUACCGCCGGCGCCGGCUUCCACCGCCGCCCGCCCGCCCAACUACCGCCGGAUUGCUCCGAUUCCUCCUAUACGUCGAUCUCCACCAUUCUCGAAGCGCCUCACAUAUCUGCUUCGUCUCGGCCGAGACCGCGAUGGGAUUACUUCGUCAGCACUCACGUCUUCCUUGUUGGCCGGUGAUGAUGGUCAAGGCGACUGUAAUGGGAUUUCUUGGCGGCCACACACAUCCUCGUCCUUGGCCACCAUUGAUGAGAUUCAGCAGCUCACAUCCUCGUCCUCGGCCGGUGACCAGAGUCCACCGCCUCUAACCAGCUCAUCCUUGGCCAGUGACGAGAUUCAACAGCCUCUCACAAUCUCGUCCUCUUCUGUUGAUCCUCACCCAGCUUCGCUCACCUCCCAGGAGCUUGGGUUGGUGGCUGAUAUCAUGAUGUGGUACCGGUCAAUUGUCUUGUUUUCCUUUGCAGCUGUUGUGAUUUACAACGAACACGAUUAUCCAGCUGCUAUGGUAUCAGUGAUUGCAGGGAUAUUAUGCAUAUAUAUGCACUACUGGUCCAUGCACAUUACACAGUUCUGGCUGAAUUAUCCGCACGAUGAGGAUUCGUCCAUCCUUGUGUGGCUAUGCUGUUUCAUCGUUUUCAUGUUUGCGCUUUUUAUUGGAGUCCAGCAUAGUGUUCUUGCUGGCAUGUGUAUUACACUUGUCCCAACAAUGUGUAUGGCUGGAUACUUAAUUAGUUGUAUACAUGAGUAUAACUGCACAAGGCGUCGUCAAAAUCUUGAGCAGCCUCUGGAUUCGGAUCUUCAUCAGGAUGAACAUACUCAGGAUUCCUAG